CAAAAGACGAGCCUGGAUUUAACUCAUACUGAGUUAACACAAUGAUUCUCUUUCAGCUGGCUGUUUGUGUUGUACUUACCCUGUGUUUAACUUCAGCCACCCUCCAGGCCUCAUUCAGUUCAAAUACAACCCAAUGCGUCAAAGCAAACAAUACAAGCGCAAGAAAAAAGCUCCGAUUGAACAGAGAAAUCUUUAGCAUCCCCAAGGCUGCUAGCCCAACUCAUACUCGUGUGAUACGCCUUUAUUGUCGAACUGGUUAUCUGAUGGCAGCUUACAACAGACGACUCCAAGGCACAACAGAUAUCAAAAACAACCAAACUUGGUUCGAGUUACAGUCAUAUGGACAAAGUAUCGUACGACUGAAAAGCCUGGGAACUGGAAAGUAUUUAGCAAUCAAUUGGCAGGGGAAACCGAAGAUGCAGGGCCGUCUAAGAGAAGAAAGCCUAUUUCGAACUAAGCUAGAAAGAAACGGCUUCCACAGCUUUGCCUCACAUAAGUAUUAUCUUCGCCAUCGUCAUGACCUCUUCAUUGGCAUCAAGAAAAACGGAUCAGUCAAAACACCGCUGACCACGAUGCCAGGACAAACAGCAGUACAGUUUAUAGUUCUUUACUGAAUGCGUGGUUUUAACUUUGAAGAGUACCUAAUAUUGCCAAGAAAUGAAUCCCAGUCAGACUAGAUGUGUGCGCAUCCUGUCUCAGUCAGACUAGAUGUGUGCGCAUCCUGUCUCAGUCAGACUAGAUGU